AGACUAGCCAAAGUCCGAACGGAUACCCCUACGACUCAAUGGGCAACCAAUCCUAGUAACGAGCUUAUCGGUGAAAAGCCGGGAAACUCCCACACAAUAUUCUAAUAAGGGCAUUUCUCCACUGCCAAGCAUCGGAAACAACACUCAACGCCAAGGCAGGAGAGAGAAAGAUUCACAAAUCGCCAUUAUCACAGCUCUCAAUCAAUUUCUGGUUUCUUUUUCUUCAUAUUUUAAGAACUUCUCAAAUUCAAUUCAAAGAAAAAUCAUCAACACCUAAAAAAGAAAAAAGGGAAGUUUUUCUAAAACCAGCAAAAAUGGUGAAGACAACGAAAGGAGGCAAAGUCAUGAACCCUACUGAUGCUUAUCGGAAGGAGCUUCGUAAAAAGGAAUUGAAAAGGAACAAGAAAGAGAGAAAAAAGGUUCGGGAGGUUGGUCUUUUGAAGAAGGAUCCUGAUCAGAUCAAAGAUCAGAUUCAGAAGUUAGAGAUGAUGAAGGCUGAAGGUGCACUUGACAAAGCAAGAAAACACAAGAAAAGGCAGCUUGAGGAUACUUUGAACCUUGUUAUGAAGAAAAGAAAGGAGUAUGAAGAAAAAAUGAAGGAAAAGGGUGAGGAUCCAGUUAUGUUCAGUCAUUUGGGACCUGUACAGAGACGGACUUCAGCCGAAGAGGAGGAGAGAGCAAAGCAUCCACAACCUGAAGAUUCUGUAUACUAUCAUCCAACGUUAAAUCCCACAGGAGCUCCACCCCCUGGAAAGCCUCCUAUGUACAAGUCUUCUAUAGGGCCUCGGAUUCCAUUGUCAGAAGCUUCCUCGUCAAAUGGUGCUGCAUCUUCUGUAGAUCUUGAUGGUGUUGAGUUGCCUGCACCGCCUCCGCCACCUCCUUUGCCGAAUAUGGGUGAUCCUGAUGACACUGAUAUACCCUCAUCUCUGCCUCCACCACCUCCACCACCGAUGCCUCCGAAGUCUUCGGAUUCAAACUUGGCAUCAGCAUUGCCUCUACCUCUACCUCCUCCACCACCUCCUGGCCCUCCUCCUAGAGAGCUUAUUGGAGUUCGUCCUCCACCCCCUCCGUCCACUCAGCCACCACCACCACCUGGUAUUUCUGGAAGUGAGAGGGAUGGCACUACUUCAAAAGAUUCGCAGGGAUCUAAUAUUCUCCUCCCUCCACCACCUCCACCACCUGGAAUUCCCCCAAAAUUUGCAGGGAAUCAAUCUGGUGUUGAACCUGAUGCCGUAAAUCAGGAAGUGGGCAAUGAUCUUCCAAAAAUGGUCCCACCACCUCCAUCACGGCAGCCUCCAUUAUCAGGUAUGCCUGGAGGCCCAGGACCAGCUGCACUCCCUGCAUUACAGCCUGAUGUGCUACCCCCAGGCAUUUCAAGAUUCCCUCCACCCCCUCCACCAGACACAAGGCCACCAUUAUCUGCUUCUGGAUUUCCAGGGCAACCUGUACCCCCUGGAAUUGCACCACUUAUGCCUAGGCCACCUUUUGGUCCUCCCCCUGGACCACCUCCUAUGAUGAGACCUCCACUUCCUCCAGGUCCACCACCGAUGAUGCUACAGGAUGAUUCAACUGCAAUGAGGCCAACUGUUCCACAGAAACCAUCUUAUGUUAAAUCAGCUGCACCCACAGUUGUAAAGAGGCCUCUAGCUCAGCACACACCAGAGCUCACAGCUAUGGUUCCUGCAUCUGUACGUGUUAGAAGAGAGUCUGCUCUUCCAAAGCCAAAACCAAAAGCAAUGAUAAACGCACCUAUCUCUCAACAGCCCAUGACUUCUGCUCCAAAACCAGAAUCAGUAACAACCACAUCAGCACCAAAAGCACCAAGCAUUGACGAUUCAUAUAAUGCUUUCUUGGAGGACAUGAAAGCCCUUGGCGCUCUUGAUAGUUGACGUGAAUAUUAUUGCAAGGGAUUCUUAUUGUCUUAAUCUACAGGCUCGUUGUUUAUUUGGGUAAUUCUCUGGUUAGCUGUAUUUAAAAGCUUCUGUAACAAUCUAUUGUAGCUGAGAGUUGUGGUACUAAAUUUUGUUUACAGAUCCCUGCCAAUAGAGAGAACUAAAAGUCUAAAAUGGAAUAAUUUCUCAUUUAAUGACAAAAUUCUUCUGAUUCUAGUUCUCUUA